AACACCACCUCUUAAUUAAUCCACCUAUAAAUACACCCACAAACCCCUCUUUCCCCUUCAACGCAAUUACUUUAUGUUCAGAUAAAUUCUUGAGUUAUUUACACAGAACAAGAUACACAAAUUCAUUGAUUUAACAAAAGUACUUACUUGGUAGCUCGCUAUGCCAAGAAACGGAAUGGGGAGCCCUUGCUUUUCCCCCAAGGUGUCAUCCUCUUCGGUCUCACAGUUCUGUGAAUCGCCUGCAAGAACUCGUAUGUUGACCCCACGACGCAGCUUCUCGGACGCAGUCAUGGAGCGGAGUCUCAGAACCUCUGGUUCGGUGAUUGCCAAAUGGAAUCCAGAUACUUCGAUCUUCGGCAAAGUCACCUCACUCUUCCACGAGAACCGCAAAAAGGCAAGGGAAUUUGUCGACUGCGUUUACGACUUGCAGAAAGCGAUGGACUUCUUGGCCACUGAAGACUCGGCCUCCGAGAAGCUAGUGCGUGCUCAGAAUCUAAUGGAGAUUGCGAUGAAACGGCUGCAGAAGGAGUUCUAUCAGAUUCUGUCGAUGAAUAGGGCUCAUUUGGAUCCCGAAUCGGUCUCGGCUCGGUCAUGGUCACUUACCUCGACUCGAUCGAGCUCGUCGGACUUUGAUUAUGAUGACGGUGACGGAGCUGAAGACGAGAUUCGAAUUGCGGGAGAUUCAAUCUCUGAGGUAGAGAAUAUGCUGACGGUUACGAUGGCUGAUCUCAGAUUGAUCGCCGAGUGUAUGAUAUCCUCUGGUUACGGAAAAGAAUGCGUGACGAUAUAUAAGAUUAUAAGAAAGUCGAUUGUCGAUGAAGGCAUAUAUCGGCUAGGAGUUGACAGAAUAAGCCAUUCGAGAACUCACAAGAUGGACUCGGAGGUGUUGGAGUUCAGAAUGAAGAACUGGUUGGACGCUGUGAAGAUUGGAGUGAAAACACUGUUCAAUGGAGAGAGAAUUCUCUGCGAUUACGUGUUCGCGGCAUCGGAGUCCAUCCGAGAGUCGUGCUUCACGGAAAUCACGAAAGACGGAGCGCAGAUUCUGUUUGGAUUCCCAGAAUUUGUGGCAAAAAGUAUCAAGAAAUCACCGGAAAAGAUGUUCCGCACACUCGACAUGUACACGGCCAUAUCGGAGAUCUGGCCGGAGAUCCAAUCUAUCUUCAGUUUCAAAUCAGCCUCCAAUGUCCGAUUGCAAGCCAUCAAUUCGCUAGACAAGCUUGCCGAAUCCAUACGGACUUUGCUAGCUGACCUCGAAGCCUCGAUCAGCAAGAAUGACUCCAAAUCCCCGGUAGCCGGCGCUGGAGUCCAUUCUCUGACGAUAGACGUCAUGAAUUACCUCUGUCUCCUAGCCGAUUACAGAACUAUUCUCGCUGACAUACUACCCGAUCAUCCACCGCCAGCGAAGAGAUACCUGCCGGAACCUUACUUCAACUCACCGGACUCCGACGAAGCUCCGGCAUCAUCAACUUCACUGUGGUUCGCAUGGCUCAUACUCGUCCUCCUCUGCAAACUCGACGGCAAAGCAAAGCACUACAAGGACUUAUCGUUCUCGUAUCUCUUCCUGGCCAACAACCUCCAUCACGUGGUCAAGAUAGUCCGUUCGUCGAGCCUCAAGAACCUCCUCGGCGACGAUUGGCUAGCCAAGCAUGAAGUCAAAGUCAAGCAGUUCACGGCGAACUACGAGAGGCUGGGAUGGGACGACGUCAUCAAGUCCAUCAAGGAUUCCACCUCACCGGGGGAAGAGAAAGCCGUGUUCCGGCGAUUCAACACGUUGUUCGACGAGGCGUAUCGGAAGCAAUCGGCGUGCCUCGUACCAGAUAAGGAGCUCCGUGAAGAGGUGACAGCGUCGAUCGCCGGAAAGCUCGUCGCUGGGUGCAGGGACUUGUACAACAGGCAGGGGAUCGAGAUGGAAGUGGACAGAAAUUCGGCGCUUUUGGUCCGAUUUACCGCUGAAGAUGUGGGAAAUUACCUUUCACAUCUUUUUCUCGGCGGAGUUUCUUCCGUUCAAAAUUAGAUUUUCAAAAAAUAAUUAAUAAAUUACACUCUACACUGAAGAUUUUAUUAAAUUACAGUUUAUACUUCUCAUGUUUUAUAAAUUACACUGACCUUUUAUGUCAAAGGUUACUUUGACAAACUUAAAAAGAAGAAGACUGAUAGUCAGUGUAAUUUAUAAAACAUAAUAAGUAUUUAUUAAAUUUAAUCAAAUCUCGAGGGGUGUAUGAUUUUAUCCUACAUAAUUUUAUUUGAGAAUAUCAAUAGUUUAUUUUGUUCUUUAUCAUAGAUAGGCAAAAAAUAACUCUAUAAUGAGUGUUUUCCUAUACUUUGUAUGUUUGACAAAUAAUGCUCUUAUACUAGAAAAAUAUGAAUUUGAAGUCAUUAUGAAAUGUUAUGUUGAUUAACGAGACUUUUAAUAGUGUGUUAAAUUUUAUUUUUUAAAGUAUUUAAGAACAUUUAAAGGUAGUAUAAACAAUUUAUCGUAUGCAUUCAAGAGUUUGAGAUAUUUUAAAAUCAUGGGUUCGAUUCUACCUUUAUGUAGAAUUGUGUAAUUGUCUAUAUCUAUUCUAAAUGUCAGACUUUAGAUUUUGGAUUACAGUGAAUCUAUUUGUACACUUAGAUCAUGUUAAGGUAAAUUGUGAGUUUUAGAGA